AUGGUAUCCUUAGGAUGCCGGAAAUGGAUGGUACUGGCGGCGGCGAUAUGGAUACAAGCUUUUACGGGUACGAAUUUUGACUUCCCUUCUUAUUCCACCCAAAUGAAAUCAAUACUGGAAACCAAUCAGGUGCAGCUUAAUUACUUAGCAAUGGCUUCCGAUAUCGGAAAGUUAUUUGGGUGGUGUUCCGGUGUUCUUCUGUUGUAUUUUCCGACAUGGGUUGUGCUUUUCAUGGCUUCUUUCCUUGGUUUGUUUGGUUAUGGUCUUCAAUGGCUUGUCAUUCAGAAACAAAUCACUUUGCCGUAUAUCAUGGUAUUCGUUCUAUCCUUAUCGGCCGGAGGGAGCAUCCCAUGGUUCAACACCGUGUGCUUCGUUCUAAACAUUAAAAACUUCCCCGAAAACUGGCCACUCGCAGUAUCUCUAAGUGUUAGUUUCAACGGUGUAACCGCCGCAUUAUACAACCUCAUCGUCACUAAACUAAGCCCUGAUGACAAAGCCACCUCUUACCUCAUCCUAAACGCCCUUGUCCCUUUCAUCACAUCUAUUGCCUCACUAGGCCCAAUCCUCCAACAAUCCACUUCCCGACAAGACAACAACCAAAAAGACGAAACCGCCCUCAAAGAUGAUGCACAUAUAUUUGUAUUUUUGUAUAUACUAGCUGCCGUGACGGGCCUUUAUCUUUUCUUUACAAACCCCGUAUCACAAAAUAUAGUCGUUGUCACAAUGUUGUUAAUAGUGCUUCCGUUUAUCUUGCCAAAAGUUAUUUACCUCAUUAAAAGUGCCCGUCGGGCUUUUUAUUCCGAUGGACCUAUUGAAAGGCCAGAUUAUGAGUUGGUUGAAAUGAAUCAUCAAGAAGAAUUCCAUGAAGAAUGUUCAACUCCUGUAGUCAAUAAGAGUGGGUGCUCGGUUUUUGAUAAAAUUAUCAAGAUAGAUAGAUUACGGGAGCUUGGUGAGGAACAUUCGGCUACAUAUAUGAUGAGUCGAUGCGAUUUUUGGCUUUAUUAUGUUACAUAUUUUUGCGGAGGUACGAUUGGAUUAGUUUAUAGUAAUAAUUUAGGGCAAAUUGUUGAAUCUCUUGGGUACAUAUCUGAUACUAAAGCACUUGUUACGAUUUAUUCUACGUGCUCGUUUUUUGGUCGGCUUCUUUCGGCAGCUAUGGACUUGUUUGGCUGCUUUUACCAACAACCUACUAUCACUGCGGACAUGUAUGCUACCCGGACUGGGAGGCUAACACUUGGACUUGUAGCAAUGCCGGUUGCUUUUCUUCUACUCAUUCUCUCAAGCGCCAAGUUGGCUUUGAGUGUCGCCACAGGGCUGAUCGGUAUCUGUUCAGGAUUUUUGAUUUCAACCGCAGUAUCAAUCACAUCCGAGCUUUUUGGUUCAAAAAGCUCGGGGAUAAAUCAUAACAUUCUCAUAACUAACAUCCCGUUGGGAUCAUUAUUGUAUGGUGUUCUUGCGGCUCUAAUUUAUGUUGAUAAUAUCGAUAGCUCAAAAGAUAAGGAUCUUGAUGAUGGAAUGAAGGUAUGUAUUGGUCGGGAUUGUUAUCAUGAGACGUUUAUGUUAUGGGGUUUGAUUUCUGUAAUUGGUGUGAGUUCUAGCUUUUUGCUUUUUUUAAGAACGAAACCGGCUUAUGAAAGUCAUUAUAAAAGGAAAAUUAGGGUUCUUGAGGAGACGGUUUGUUCUCCUUGA